CAUCUCUGCUAUUCACCAGGCAAGCAGCUGAGGCUGAAAUAUUCAACAUUUUUGUGGGUUUAAUAUAGACACUGGUUGUUGUUCAGACAGGUUGCAAAAAAUUGUGUAGAUAUGAAUUUCGGAUUGAAGCUAUGGAUAAAUUAUACUGUUGUAAUAUCAAUUUGUUUGUGCAUCGUUAAAUGCCAGUUAACUACAGACGUUUUGUGGGACAGCUGCGAUACAACAAUAUGCGGUACAAAUAAACUGAACAUUCAGUGUGAAAGAAAUUCCAAGAUUCUCGUCAACAAUGUAACUUCCGGUCUGGGUCAUGAGUUUGACGAAAUCAGCUAUAAGAAUUUACGGCGCAUGUGCAUGGGCAUGUCAAGUUGUGAUCCUAAUCAAACAGGUUUCUGUGGCCUUCAUAAUCAAGCAGUGCGCUUCAAUGUCAGCUAUACAUGCGUUAAAGAUAGAUACAUCGACAACACUUGUGAUAAAGACGGUAUAGUUUUAUCAAAUAAAUCCGGAUUUAUAACAAACCCCAACUACCCAGCGCAGACUAAUAAUAGGAAUUGCAAGUGGAAGAUUGUCGUGCCUGAGAGCUAUUAUGUACACGUAUUUCUGCACGAGGUAGUGCUAAAUCAUCCUACCCAAUGUUCAGAGAGCGAAAAGGGCGGACUAAGAUUUUCAACAAUCAAUAAUUGCGAAAACCGUUUUCCAACCUUUCCUGUAUGUAGUGAGUCGAGUAUGGAUGUUACAAUAACAGCUUGCAGUAAUACAGAGAUAUGGCUUCCAUUGUCCGAUCAAGAUAUGAGGUUUUGGCUCUCUUAUUACGUGGUUGAAGUACCUGAACUACGCCACGUGUCUCUGUAUAACGUAGAUAUCACGUGCAACGUACACGCUAAGGACAAGUUCACGUACCAUAUUCAAGAACAAACCGAUAGAACGUAUUCUGUAAAUACAACAGAGAAUUCUAACAUUGUUGUAAACAACGGCACAGCAACUAUCGACCGUUCCACGGAGACAGACGAGGAAGAGGUGGAAUAUGUGAUGUACAUUGGUCUGGCCGUUGGCGUUUUGGUCAUCAUCGUCAUUAUCAUCAUAGCGGUCAUUUACCUCAGAGGAAGAUAUCUGAGUGCUAAGGAAAACAAGGAUACGAAGAGCAACUUGUCAAACUCAAACUCUCUGACAAACUGCAGCGAGAUCCAGAAACGACCCCUACCCGACACACAGUCAAACACAGAUCUGGAUGACAAAGAUACACCUGUGCUUCAACAAAGUUACAGUAUAGUAGCAGACGAAAUUCCACGGCAGACGGCACAGACCAACCUUACGUCACCAACAUACGCUGAAAUAGAGGAGUACAGUGAUUCGGGAAUAAAACCUAAACUGCCCUUAGUUAAUAAAAGGUCCAUAGAUAAUUCUAAACGAAAACUACCUGCAAAACCGGAUGAACCGCAGAGUUCAAUAUAUUCGGAAAUAGAAGAUGCAGACGAAAAAGACGCCGGAAGUGAAAAAGAGGUUAUUUCAAAAAAUAAGAAAAAUCAGGAGAAAAUAUAUCCUGCAUAUCUUUACAAGAAGAAAUUAUCAAACGCGAGUAAUAUUUAUGACGAAUGUCAAGAUGUGUCUAAAAUGGAUAGUGACAAAACAUAUAUUGAUAUGUCACAUAAGAAAAAAGAUGAGUCCGAAUACGUACCUCAUUGCAAAAUUUCAAAAGACAUGGUGAACCAGUCUAAGAAAGACCGCGUGACUGAUAAAUGGACCAAUCAAAACAUCAUUUAUGCAGACUGUGACGAAAAGACAAACGGUUCGGGCAAAGAAAGUCGAAAUAAACUGAAAAAGGAAUCAGUGACAAGUGAAUCAGACUCUGAUGAAGAUAUUUGUAUUGUUGAAAACGAGUUAUACGAGCCAUUUGAAUCUGCAAAAGUUUGAUUAAAAUAUACGUUUUCACUUAAUGUGCCUUAGAAGAAUAGAGAUGCCUUAGCGGGUCUACCUUUUAACUUUUCAAAACAAUACUCUAUACAAAAAUAUACUCAAAGUUCUUAAAAAAGUGGCUCAAAUUUGCCAGUGAAACACAUAGUGUGCUAGGUGUAAAGUUUGUCCUUAAAGUCAAAGAUUUACUAUUUUAAAAAAAAUUCAAAUCUCACAAAAAUCUGCGCAAGGUGAGGUAAUAUGUAAAAAGGAAACGAAAUAUUAGCCUGUUUUAUCGCAUCGGUGAAUAUCACCUCAUAUUGCACAGAAGAAAAGUUCAGAAUUGUAUAACAUUUUACUCUUAUUAUUUUAUACAUGAAAAUGUUGUAAAACUAAAACCUUUUCGGAUAUAUAUAAACUAGUAUUCAGUUGCUUCAGGACUGCAUAAUAUGAAUAUUAAAACGUUGGACAUUUCAGAUAUCAUUUCCCAUGCUAUGUAUUGCAAAACCUUUUCAUUACACAAUCGAUGAAAUGUUUGCCAUUUUUAUAAUAAGUUUAAUAUUCAUAUUUAAGAACAAAUAGCAUAUUCUAAAUUCUAUUUAUUCCGUUUUUUAUUCCUUGUCUCACGUUGUAAUUUAUUGUUUACUGUAAUUUAAUUUUAAUGGUUGUAUAUAGAUAACUUUCGUAUUAUUAAAAUUUAACAUAC